AUGGAGAGCCAAAGGUCCGUAUCGGAGAUUGAGCUUGCGAUUGAGAUACCCUACAUUAAUCCGACCACCAGAGAUCAUGGCUGCAGUGUCUCCAUCGUCAUUGCUCAAAGAUCCUUAUCCUCCAUCUUAACCAGAUUUCAUGCAGGUUAUUUCAGGAUUAGUCUCUCUCUUGGUGGACAAGCCUUACUGUGGAAGACCCUCCUUGAGCCAACUGAUAGUUCAAUUCGUCACAUGCCUCACGUGAUAUACCCAACUGUUGUUAUUGUGCUGUGGUCCUUUGCCUUCUUAACCCUAGUUACACUAUCUCUCCUCUACAUCUUGAGAUGCUUGUUUCGCUUUAGCAUGGUGAAGAAAGAGUUCUUGCACCAUGUUGGAGUGAACUACCAAUUUACUCCUUGGAUUUCAUGGCUGCUCUUACUUCAAUCAACUCCGUUUGUUGCUCAGAAAAACGCCUCGUAUCAAGUUCUUUGGUGGGUUUUUGCAGUUCCUAUUGUGGUGCUCGAUGUGAAAAUUUAUGGCCAGUGGUUCACAAAAGGAAAGAGGUUUCUAACGGCGGUGGCGAAUCCAACGAGCCAGAUAUCGGUGAUCGGAAACUUGGUUGGGGCCAGUGCCGCCUCCCAGAUGGGGUGGCAUGAGGCGGCCGUGUGCUUCUUUUCUCUAGGAAUGGUUCAUUACUUGGUAAUUUUUGUUACACUUUAUCAGAGGCUAUCUGGUGGUGAUCGACUGCCGGAGAUGUUACGGCCGGUGUUUUUCUUGUUCUUCGCAGCGCCGAGCAUUGCGAGCUUGGCUUGGAACUCCAUAGCUGGAACUUUCGAUACUGCUUCAAAGAUGUUGUUCUUUCUCUCUCUCUUCCUCUUCGCGUCACUGUAUUCAGAUUUUGAUAUAUUAGCAGCGGUAGGGAUUCAAUUUGCAGAGAACCAAUUAAAACCUGACAGCUCAGCUAAAGUGGCCCCACCAUCAAAGUUCGUCCUGUACCGAGUAAGAAAGGGUUGUGGCCGACUGACGGUGGGGGGUGAAUGGUGCCGUGGAGUGUUAGGUCGGUGGUGUGAGGGACAUUUGGGAGACAGCAACUUUGAUUUUGGCCCACUUGAGCCGAGUUUCUUUACCGGUGAGAAACAGCAGGAACAAGAGGACAGAGAGAAGAGAGGGAUUUGCAGGCCAGCCCUCUUCAAGAAAUCAAUGAGAAGGUAUAAUGUGGCAUGGUGGGCUUACUCUUUCCCCAUAACAGUGCUGGCUCUAGCUUCAACAAAAUAUGCACAGCAGGUGAAUGGUUGGGUAGCUCAGGCCAUAACGUUCAUUCUCUCAGCCCUAUCUGUUCUGGUCGCUGCUGGUUUGCUGGUUUUCACUGCACUCAACACUAAAAUUUUUUUACCUGAUGAUGAUCCCAUCCUCAAUCUUCCUAGUCAUUCACCAAGAGCAACGUGA